CGCCGGAUGCUGAUGCCCUUCUCUUCUUGCUCACCUUCCUCCCGCCCUCACACGACGACAAGACACUGCCUCCCUCACCACCCUCGGCGACCAUGCCUACCGUUUUCGCAAGUGUUUUCCUUCGUGAACGUGCUUCCAGCGACGCCCACGACAAUUUUCCGAGUAAACAGUUAUUCAUCCUCGCAUUAUGUCGCCUCUGCGAACCAAUAGCUUUCAUGUCAACUUUUCCCUAUGCUUACCGCAUGGUCGAAUCAUUCAACAUUACCCAGGAUGAGACGCGCAUCUCUGUCUACGCCGGCAUGCUCAUCACUGCUUUCGCGUUCGCCGAAUUCUCGACGGGCACUCUUUGGGGCUCGGUCAGCGACAAGGUCGGCCGAAAGCCAGUACUGAUCAUGGGCCUCUUUGGGACGGCCCUCAGCAUGAUCUCGUUUGGCUUUGCCCGGUCACUGCCCGCAGCCAUCCUGGCACGAGCCAUCGGAGGACUCUUGAACGGCAACUCUGGAGUUCUCCAAACCACGGUGGCUGAAUUGGUUACGAAAAAGGAGCAUCAGCCUCGCGCGUACUCGAUCAUGCCAUUCGUUUGGAGUGUCGGCUCCAUCAUUGGCCCAGCCAUGGGCGGGGCCUUGGCCAUGCCUUGCGAAUCUCAUUCGUCUCUGUUUCCCCGAGGCAGCCUAUGGGAUACGUAUCCUUUCCUGUUGCCAAACCUCGUGUGCGUCAUCAUUCUAUGCAUUGGCAUGGUGUUCGGCACGCUGUUCUUGGAAGAGACGCAUACGGCGCUGAAGGGGCAACGUGACUGGGGCACGGAGCUCGGACAAUGGCUGUUUGGGAAGCGUAGGUCGCACAGCUACACCGCCUACGGCUAUGCGGAUGCGGAGGAAGAUGAAGACCUUUGCGUCAUUGAACCUCCGCCUGGAUAUCGCAGCACGGAACAUUCCCCUCUCCUCAAGUCCACGCCCUCAGAGGCGGUGGACUCGGAGUUGGCAAUGUUGAUGGAAAAGGAGCAACUCGGCAUGGUGAAGAAGUACAACAAACAUGUGGUCCUGAUCAUUUUGGGAUACGCCAUCUUGGCCUACCACAGUGUGUCUUUCGACGCCUUGAUGCCCACAUUUCUCAGCGAAGAAAAAAUGCAAACGGCGCCGGUGUUACCUUUCAAAUUUUCCGGUGGUUUCGGCCUUUCGACGCAAGCCAUUGGUUUCAUGCUGGCAGUCCAAGGCUGCUACACCAUGUUUGCACAAGUUUGGCUCUUUCCGUUUGUCGUACGACGACUGGGUAAUCUUCGCGCCUACCGGCUGGUCAUGACGGUGUGGCCGCUGCUUUACCUGGCCGUCCCUUACCUUGUCCUCCUUCCCGAGCACCUGCAGAAAGCAGGCAUCUAUUUGUGCCUGAUGACGAAAAUGACGUUUCACGCAAUUUCUUUUCCCUCCAACGCCAUCCUCUUGGCCAACGCCGUGCCUUCGAAGUCGGUCCUUGGCAGCAUCAACGGCUCGGCCGCCUCGGCGGCCUGCUUCGCUCGAGCCUUUGGGCCGAUUGUGACCGGGUUGAUACACUCAGCUGGACUGAAAGCUGGCUACAACGGGUUCGCCUGGUGGGCUUGCGGCAUAGUCUGUGCCAUCGGAGCGCUGGAGAGCUUCUGGAUGGAAGACUCGGAAGGGCGCAUGGAUCGCCCGGCAGAGGGGGAGGAGCAAAAUAGCUGCGAGCCCCUCCUGCACUCCGCGGCCGUCGAGGCCAACGAGGACUGCGGUGUACGAAACGACAACAUCGUCUUGAUUGACGAACUGGACCUGACGAAAACAACGACACGGGAUGUCGAAGGCGAGACUAAGCAAUGA